UGUGCGUUACACUGGGCGUGCGAGCGGAAUCUAAGACGUUCACAAUGCGACCUUAACAGCGAUUGUUAUUUUUUCUUUCUUUUCUAUAGCCUGUUAGGGCUGCGUAACGUAUUUCUCCAGUAGAGUACAGAACAAAAAGACAGUUGAGUAUCUCCGGAAACCAAAACAAUCCUAUAUUUCACACGACGGCUAGCUUACGAGCUACCAGCUAACCGCUAGCUAUGGAGGAGAAGAAGGAGGAGGGAGAAGCGGAGAUCCAGGAGCACGGCCCCGAGCACUGGUUCUCCAAGUGGGAACGGCAGUGCUUAGCGGAGGCCGACCGGGCCGAGCCCACCGAGGAGGAGACCGAGCACCAGCAGCAGAAACUGUGGCACCUCUUUCAGAACUCGGCCGCCGCGGUCGCGCAGCUCUACAAAGAUCGAGUGUGUCAGCAGCAAGGCCUCUCUCUCUGGGUGCCCUUCCAGAAUGCCGCCACAGCUGUCACUAACCUUUACAAAGAGAGCAUGGAGGUCCGCCAACGGAGCUACGAGCUGGGCAUCCACUUAGGCCACCAGCGCAGGAAUAAGGAUGUGAUCGCAUGGGUUAAGAAACGCAGAAGGACGAUCAGGCGCGAGGACCUCAUCAGCUUCCUGUGCGGCAAAGUUCCACCUCCACGGACAGCUCGCGCCCCGCCAAGAGUUUCCAUGGUGUCUGCGAGCCGGCCGUCACCCCCAGAGACGGGCAGCUCUGUGGAGACGGACCUGCAGCCUUUCAGAGAGGCCAUAGCACUGCACGGCCUCAGCGGUGCGAUGGCGGGCAUUUCUGUGCGUUCCGGUCCUCCCGGUUCCCCAACCCACCCGGCCCAGUCCCUCAGUCGGCGUAGGAACGGUCUUCACGACGUGGACCUCAACACCUUCAUCGCCGAGGAGAUGGCACUUCAUUUGGAAUCCACGGCCAAUCGCAAGCGAGGCCCGGCCCCCUGUAGUGACGUCAUCACAGACUCACCUACCCAUAAACGUAACAGGAUGCUCUGAACUUUUCCUACACCACUAAUCCCUCCGGUGUCCUCUCCUUGGUGGCCGACUGGACAGCUGAUGAGGACUGAUGCCUUGGCCAACCAUUUGAAAAAAGAAAAAAAAAAUCUUCUUCCUUUUCAUCUUAGUUGCAAUGCUAUAAAUAAAGAAAGUUAACUUUUA